UCCCACCCAGCUGGUAGCGAGGAGGCAGCGGCGGGGAGGGCGGGGAGGAGGGAGGGGCCACACCGCGGAUCCGUCGGGCCCCCCAGCCCGCCCCGUCAGGCCCCCAGCCAGCCAGCAUGCCCGGGGAGGCGACCCGCGCUGAGCUGCUGCUGCCCACGGGGGGUGGUCCGGGCCCCCGCACAGUUGAACCCCAUGAUGCUGCUGCCUCUACACCCAGUGGGGACUCGUCCAUAAGGGGAGACCUGACUCCGGGACCAGUUUCCAUCCCCUUGACCUUCCUACCCUCCAAGCAGGGUGACCGGCCACAACCAGAGGGGGCCAGCUCAGAUGCUGGGGCGGGCAGCACCAGUUCUAGCCGAACUGCCUUGGGAGAGUGCGGUCCUGUGGUGGGACUCCCCAGAAGCCUCCCCGAGGAGCCCCUCACCCUGGAGGGUCUGGAGCCUCGGGUCGUGAUGGGUGAGGAAACAAAUGGCAGUGGGCCCCGACAGGCUGCUGCUGAGCUGCCCAAGGAGCCCCUGGCGGCGGAACCCCUGAUGGUGACAGCCUCAGAGCUCAGGGACUUGGAGGGCAGGCGGGCUGGCCCCAGCCCACCCCCCGAGCUGCUCUCUCAGGGUGACCUCCCUGUGCCUUCCCCCCGCCUGGACCCAGACCCUUACUUCACGGCUCCCUCCACCCCCACCAAGCUGGCCUGUUCCUAUCUGUUCAGCCACACUCUCUGCCUGAGCGAGGAGCCCAGUGACACGGAGGCCGACAUCCUCGGCUCACCACCCACCUCCCCCUCAGGAUCCUAUAUCACCGCAGAGGGGGGCAGCUGGGCCUCUUCCAGCAGCUUCAGCACAUCCCCAUCCUGCUCCCCCAACCUGCUAAUGGAGACCGAGGGGCCGGACUCUCCUGGGAACAGGGAUGUCCCUCUGCUCUAUUCCAACGAGGAAGGUGGCCAAGAGAGUCCCCUCGAUGGGGCGUCUGACUCGGACGACACGGAGCUUCUGCCUUCGGGGCCCCAGGACCUCCCCUCCUCGGAGUCGAGUCUCUCCGGGGACAGUGGCUCCUCUUGGAGCACGGGGAGAAGGGAGCACCCUUUCCCUGAGGCUGGCUUCCCUGGCAGCGAGCCCAUGAUCCCGGCUACCCUGCUGCCGUUCAGAGGCAGUCUCAUCUUCGAGGCUGAUGCUGUGGAGAUCAUGCUGCUGCCCCAGGAAGAAGCUCUGAGUAGAGACAGCGAAGGUGAGGAUGACAGUACUUCAGCCUCCUUCCUGCAGUCCCUGUCAGAGAUGUCCAUCAACGAGGGUGUGGAUGAGGCCUUCGCCUUCCGAGAUGACACUUCAGCUGCCUCUUCUGACUCUGACUCGGUUUCCUAUGCCGGGGAAGAGGACGAGCGGCUCUAUAGUGAAGAGCCCCAUGCCCAGCCUCCGGCUCCUCUCUGGCUAGGCUCCCCAGAGUCUGGGGAGAACUUAGCUGAUAAGAAGGAAGAAUUAGGAUCUAUUUGCCUCCCAGCACGGUGGACAGAGCCUGCUGCCAUGGCAUUGACCCCUCAGGGCCUAAAAGAAAUGGAUCUAAAGUCCAUUGAAGUGACAACAUCUCAUUCCACACAAGAAGUAACAGACCUAGAAUCUGUUGUUGUGUCAGUGACCCCUCAGACCCUACAAGAAGGAGUAAACUUAGAACCCAUUGCCAUGAAGACAUCUCAGGCUGUGCAAGAAGGAGUAGACUUAGAACCCAUUGCCAUGAAGACAUCUCAGGCUGUGCAAGAAGGAGUAGACUUAGAACCCAUUGCCAUGAAGACAUCUCAGGCUGUGCAAGAAGGAGUAGACUUAGAACCCAUUGCCAUGAAGACAUCUCAGGCUGUGCAAGAAGGAGUAGACUUAGAACCCAUUGCCAUGAAGACAUCUCAGGCUGUGCAAGAAGGAGUAGACUUAGAACCCAUUGCCAUGAAGACAUCUCAGGCUGUGCAAGAAGGAGUAGACUUAGAACCCAUUGCCACGAAGACAUCUCAGGCUGUGCAAGGAGUAGACUUAGAACCCAUUGCCACGAAGACAUCUCAGGCUGUGCAAGAAGGAGUAGACUUAGAACCCAUUGCCACGAAGACAUCUCAGGCUGUGCAAGAAGGAGUAGACUUAGAACCCAUUGCCAUGAAGACAUCUCAGGCUGUGCAAGAAGGAGUAGACUUAGAUCCCAUUGCCAUGAAGACAUCUCAGGCUGUGCAAGAAGGAGUAGACUUAGAUCCCAUUGCCAUGAAAACAUCUCAAGUUGUGCAAGAAGGAGUAGACUUAGAACCCAUUGCCAUGAAGACAUCUCAGACCAUACAAGAAACAGUAGGCCAAGAACCCAUUGCUACAAUAUCUCAGACCACAGAAGAAGCAGUAGACCUAGAACCUGUGACCAUGAAGACAUCUCAAGUUGUACAAGAAACAGUAGACCUAGAACCGAUUGCCAUCAAGACAUCUCAGACCAUACAAGAAGCAGUAGACCUAGAACCCAUUGCCAUCAAGACAUCUCAGACCAUAGAAGAAGCAGUAGACCUAGAACCCGUGAUCAUGAAGACAUCUCAAGUUGUACAAGAAACAGUAGACCUAGAAUCCAUUGCCACGAUGAUAUCUCAGACCAUAGAAGAAGCAGAAGAUAUAGAACCCAUUGCCACAAUGACAUCUCAGACCAUACAAGAAACAGUAGGCCAAGAACCCAUUGCUAUAAUAUCUCACACCAUAGAAGAAGCAGUUGACCUAGAACAUAUUGCCAUGAUGACAUCUCAGACCAUAGAAGAAGCAGAAGACAUAGAACCCAUUGCUGUGAUGACAUCUCAGACCAUUCAAGAAACAAUAGAUGUAGAACCCAUUGCCAAGAAGACAUCUCAGACUAUAGAAGAAGCAAUAGGUCAAGAACCCAUUGCUAUGAAUAUAUCUCAGACCAUACAAGAAACAUUAGAUGUAGAAUCCAUUGCCAUGAAGACAUCUCAGACCAUAGAAGAAGCAGUAGACCUAGAACCUGCUGCCAUGAUAUCUCAGACCAUAGAAGAAGCAGUGGAUGUAGAGCCUGUGGCCACUAAGACAUCUCAGACCAUACAAGCAGCAGGCCUAAAACCCAUUGCCGUGACAUCUCAGGCCCUACAAGAAACGGUAGAACUAGAACCUGUUGCCAUGAAACCAUCUCAGACCCAAAAAGAAACGAUAGGCUUAGAACCUAUUGCUGUGGCAGAGACUCCUCAGACUCUACAAGAAGUAGGGCUAGAAUUCAGUGCUGUGACAUGUCAGACAUUACAAGAAGUAAGCCUGAAGCCCAUAGCAGUAACCCCUCAGACUCCACAGGAGGAACCAGGCUUCACCUUGGGCUCAAAGCCUAUUACUCUGGAAAUGCUUCAGGCUGACAGAACCCAGGAAACACCAGAGACUCUCCCUGCCAGGGGCCAGGAGGUGAGAGAGGAAGAGAAACAAGAGUGGCCCCAGGAUGGAGAGUCCUUCCCUGGAGCUGAACCAUCGUUUCCCCAGAGAGAAGCUCCGCCAGAGACCUGGAAGCUGGCAGAUGGCCAAGAUCAAGGUGCCGAGGGGCAGAAGGGGCUAGUUGGUGAGGAUGAAGGAGCUCGCUUGGACCCUCUGACUGAAAAAAGUUCUGUAGUCAUUUCUAAAGGCUCUGAGAAUUCCCUGUCAAGGGAUAUUGAUGAGGAAAGGCGUCCCCCUAUCUCCCUGGAGUGUUCCCUCCGGUGUCCUCCAAGCUCACGGGAAGAGGAGCCAGAUUUGGGAAGCGAGGGCUCUGUUGGUGAGCAGGAGAGCUCAGAACAGGGCUCAGUCUCUCCCCCAAAGAUGGACCUGGUGUCAGGGCCAGCGGAUGCUAUCCCAGCCUCGGAUGAGAUUGGAGCUCCAGGGCCCACUUCUGGCUCUCGCAUGGAACAAAUAGAUGUCUUGGGGAAAGAGUUCCUGGCAGAGGUUGAAUUUAAUGUGGAGGAAAACUGCCCAGAGCCAGCUGCUCAGAAGCCUUCACUGGAUGAGGAAACCCCAGAACCCACUGGAGCCCCUGAGCCUGCGUCCAGAGCCAAGGAGUCCCGUGGCUCCCCUGGGGUGCCUGAGGGCCCCCAGCUGGAUCUGGCUAGGGAUGCUGAACAAGCAUCCUUCCUCGGGCGGGCGGAGGGGCCUAGCUCCCCAUCCCCAGAGUUGACCGACCUCCCCUUUGUACCCAAGCCCCCAAAGACUUCGAUUGUUGCUUCUGUGUCCCCUGUGGGCACUGACGAGUCUCAUGGCCCCAAACUUCUGGUGGAGAGAGCUCCUUCCUCUCUUCUGUCCCCUACUAGCCGUUCCCCCAAAGAACCACGAGGUGCAGCGGAAGAGAAGAGCGCCCUGCCUCGGGGGAAGCCGCCAAAUGCAGCAGGUGGCCAAAACACAAAAUUGGGGAAAUCCCAGCCCCGUUCUGCUGCUCCUGUAGCUGCCUUCAAGGAGGCCCAGAGCCCUUCUUCCCCGCUUAUCCUAAUGCCCAGCCCCGUGGCUCCCCAGGCCCCCCCUAGCCCAGAGGCCUCAAGCAAUAAGGGCCCCCCACUUCCCCUGGCCCAGAAGCAAGAGGGGGGUAGGGUGGAGGGAGCGAUCACUUCCUCGGCCCGGGCUGUCUCAGGGAACUCGCCCCCCUCAUCCUUGUGCCCAUCAGACCCUGACACAGCAGCAGCACGGAAAGUGGGAUCUCCUCGGCACCGCUCCCCAAGGGGUCAAGGCCUAGCAUCCCCCAGAACACCAACCCCAAAGGCGGUCCCCUAUGCCAAAGACCAGGCCCCCGCAGGGUCCCCUGAGGUGAUCUCAAACCCGUGCUCCAGGGGGCUCUGGGCAGGGCAGGCACCCUUGGGGGGAUCCGGACCUCAGGUGGUCCCCAAGUCCCCCACGCCCAGCCAAGUGCCUCUGGGCCCCGUUCCUGGCCCAGGAGUCUGGGCCCCAACUCUCUCCAGGGCAGGGCUGGCUGCCACUCGGCGGGAGGAGUACGGCAUCAGGGACGUGGCCCCCCCAGCGGGAUCCCGGAAGAGCCGAGAAGGGACCGAGCGGCCACCUCUCCAGGGCUCGGGGCAGUCCCGGUCCAGCUCGUCUAGCGAGGCCGACCCCCUUUCACGAUGUGCGGAACUGGAGGACCUCCGGCAAGCAGCUAACAUGGCCUUGCGCCCUGCCGCGGGGGCGCUCCCCAACCACAGGGGGUCCCGCAAUGAUUCUGAGAGUAAUGGGGAGUCUCUCCCCGAGCUGGAGGAGCCCGACAAUUCGGAUCCACGGACCGCCCCACCCCAGGCCCAGCUGGCCCACUCUGUGGGAAGCGAAGAGACCAUCAACAAGGCCAAACAGAGCCGGAGUGAGAAGAAAGCCCGAAAGGCCAUGUCAAAGCUGGGUCUCCGGCAGAUCCAUGGAGUCACCCGAAUCACCAUUCGGAAGUCCAAGAACAUUCUCUUCGUCAUCUCCAAACCCGACGUCUUCAAAAGCCCCGCCUCGGACAUCUACAUCGUCUUUGGGGAGGCCAAGAUAGAGGAUCUUUCCCAGCAAGUGCACAAGGCAGCGGCGGAGAAGUUCAAGGUGCCGGCCGAGCCGUCGCCCAUCAUCACAGAGACAGUGCCGGGCCUUGGCGCCAAAGAGGAGAGUGACGAGGAGGAGGUGGACGAGACGGGGCUGGAGGUGCGGGACAUCGAGCUGGUGAUGGCUCAGGCUAACGUGUCUCGAGCGAAGGCUGUCCGGGCGCUGAGACACAACAAUAACGACAUCGUCAAUGCCAUCAUGGAGCUGACCAUGUAGCCACUGCCCUGCCCGGCCAGCUCCACCCCCCCACCCCCGCCCCUGCAUCCCUCGACUUAAUGCUGCUCAAUAAACCUGUAUUCACUCCC